CACAAUCUCUCAGCACAUAACACAAUCACAAGAGUUCCAACAUUGCGUAUUCCCAUUUAACCCCUCUCUCGUGACUUUCUAUUCAAUUUUCUGAUGACGGCAACACUCAGCCUCGCCGGUAUCUCCGUCGUCAGGCCACUUCGUUUCUCCGACGACUGUUCCACCUCCGCAAGAUUCAUUGCGAAACCGAGUUCCAAUAUCUCAAAUCGGCGCCGGAUUUCAAUCCGAGCAGUAACGGCGGCAGUCGAGACACGGCGGCCGGCGACUAGCUUAUACGAAGUUUUACGACUGAAUCCAGGCGCAUCAGCGAUGGAGAUUAAAUCUGCUUACCGGAGUCUUGCGAAGGUUUACCAUCCCGAUGCGGCGGCGCGGAGGUUACAGGAGUGUAACGACGGUGACUUCAUCGAGAUCCGCAACGCUUAUGAAACUCUCUCUGAUCCAUCUUCGAGACAGAUUUACGAUCUGUCGCUAAUGGUGCACGGCGGAAGAAACCGGCGGUUUACGGCGGCGCCGGUGAUGCAGAAACGGAAUUCUGGUUUUUAUACGAAUCGGAGAUGGGAAACGGAUCAAUGUUGGUAGAAAGCGUUGAAGUUGUUUUGAAUAUUAACAAAGAAUUUCAAAAGAAAAGAGAAAAAAAGAAAGAAAAAAAAGUUAGGAAAAAUAGUGUGAGUGAUGAGAUUUGAAGUUACUAAAUUUAGAUGGAGUAAAGUGAAAACAAAAAAUUGCGUAGAUUAUGUCCCUUUUUUCUUUUUGUGAGAAAUGUAAAUGUUUUUUCUCUCAAAUUUUUGUACUGGGCUAUUCUUCAUUUCUUGUUCACUGCAAUUUUAGAAAGGAAAAAAAAAAAAAAAAACAAUAUGGUACAUGGAAACCAAAUUCUUCA